AGAGGGAGCGUCUCUGCCGAACUACAUCUCCCACAAUGCUCCUGGCUCAACUGCUCCUCGGCUCCGCCUGAGGCCCAGUGACCCCAGCCCGCCCCGGGACCCGAGCUGGGACUAGGGGUGGAGCGUGGGGACCUUGGUCUCGCUCCUUUGGCCCACAGCAGGGGACUCGGCCCCCUUCACAAGCCCGCAGGCCUAUCAGAUCCGGCCUGCAGUCUACACCAUCCCAGCCAGGAAAUAAUAUGGCCGCUGGAUCUGGGUCCAGGGCCGGAGGCGCGAGGAUAGUAGAAGCUAAAUCAGUGUUUGUUGAUUGACUGGCUAGAGGCAGCAUGACACAUCCCUGGAUUGAGGUGGAACAAAAAUUUGUCCCAAGACCAGGAAUCGAGGAUCGGUUGAAGGAACUGGGUGGCACUCAGGAGAGCCAGAUUUCUUUCCGAGAUAGCUACUAUGACACUCCAGAGCUUACUCUUAUGAAGGCCGACCACUGGCUUCGGCAUCGGGAAGGGAGUGGAUGGGAACUCAAGUGCCCUGGAGCAGGAGGCAACACCGGCUCGCAUACCAAGUACAUGGAGCUCACAGCAGAGGCUGCCAUAGCAGCCCACUUGUGUGAGAGGUUGGGGACUGCAGGGCUGGGCAUUGAGAGUGUAUCAGAGAUGCUGGGGCGGCUGGAGCUGCAGGAAGUAGCCAGUUUUGUCACAGAGAGGAGUGUCUGGAAACUGGCGCUCUCUGGAGCAGGUGAUGAAGAAGAGCCACUUACAGUGGACCUGGACACGGCAGACUUUGGCUAUGCAGUGGGCGAAGUAGAGGCUCUAGUUCGAGAAGAGGCUGAGGUGCCAAAAGCCCUGGAGAAGAUCCACAGUCUCAGCUCCUUGCUUGGUGUGUCACAACAGGAACAAACACCUGGCAAACUGAUUGUAUACCUGAAGCGCUUUAGGCCUCAGGACUACCAGCGCCUACUAGAAGUGGCCACAGAGAAAAAUGAUGAACAACAAGGGUCUGCAGCCAUAGAGAAUUAAACAGCUACGACAUGGGA